AUGUCGCGCUCAUCUACGUCAAUCGAAUUGGAGCCGUAUCCGGCGUCUGUACUAAUUACGCAGCCCCCAAGCCUUCAUGUGAAGGGCUAUGGCACACCUCCGCUGACCGAGGAUCUUCGACCCAUCAAUGCGCCUGCUCAUGCAGUAUCGGCUGAGCAAACCGAAAACCCGACAAAGGGCACGACAACGAUCGUGCUAGUCACAGUAGUAUGUGUCACUGGCAUCUCCAGUCUGCUAGCUGGAUUAGUCACAGUAGGCCUGCCUACUAUGGCCACCGAAUUACAGAUUCCGGCAAAUGUGUUGCUAUGGCCCAUCUCAAUAUAUGCCUUGACAUGCGGAUGCACGCUGCUUCUCCUGGGCUCCGUUGCAGAUGUGGUUGGCAGUAGACCAAUGUAUCUCACUGGCUGCAUUCUGCAAUCUGGGUUUACGCUCGCUUGCGGCCUUGCACAGACUAGCACACAGCUCAUCAUCUUCCGGGCAUUUGCUGGUAUCGCCAUUUCCUUCUGUCUUCCCUCUGCUGUUAGUAUCAUCACGAGCACUUUCCCUGAAGGCAAGCGUAGGAAUAUCGCUUUUGCUUCCAUGGGCGGCGGGCAACCGAUUGGGUUCUCUCUGGGACUUACACUUGGAGGCGUGUUCUCGGACACUAUUGGAUGGCGAUGGGGAUUCCAUAUCGCUGCCAUCAUCAACACGAUUAUCUUCAUUGUCAGCUUCUUCGGGUUGCCGAAGAUCGAUGAAGAGCAGCCUCACGUAUGGAGACGUCUCGCUACGGAGAUUGACUGGGUAGGAAUCGUGAUCGGCAGUACGUCUCUGGCGAUGCUGUCUUACUCAUUCGCCCUCAUCAGCGAAAGUACAUCCAGCAUCCGGAAGCCCACGACUCUAGCAAUGUUGAUCAUCUCUAUCGCUCUAAUUCCCACUUUCAUUCUCUGGGUCGGUCGUCAAGAGAACCUCGGCAAACCUGCCGUAAUCCCCAAUUCACUCUGGCGCAACUGUAUAUUCACGACAAUCUGCAUCGGCGUCUUUAUGACAUGGGGCGACGUGCAGCAGAUCUCCGCCAUUCAGACCUCGGUCCGCUUCCUGCCUGCACCGAUUUCCGGCGCCCUCGCUAAUCUCGUUAUGGGGCUUAUUGCGCACAAGGUGCGUGCGGACUGGGCUGUCAUCUUCGGCAUCGCGAUGACGAGCAUAGGCGCGUUGUUGAUGUGCAUUAUUCAGCCUGAGUGGGCGUACUGGGCGUGCGCGUUCCCGGCCGUGUUCCUCAACCCGAUCGGUGCGGAUGCGCUCUUUACGGUGUCGAACCUCGUCAUCACUUCCGUAUUUCCGUCAAGGACACAAGCGCUCGCCGGGGGUGUAUUCAAUACUAUUGCGCAGAUUGGGAAGAGCGUGGGCCUCGCGACGAGUGGCGUCAUCGCCGCGAGCAUCACUGAGCAGAGCAAGGUGGUAGACAAGGAGAGUCCAGACGCCCUGAUGGAAGGAUACCGGGCAGCUUUCUGGUAUUUGUUUGCCGGUAGUUGCGCGACGGGGUUGCUGUUCAUUUGGGGCUUGAGGGGCAUUGGAAGGGUUGGUGUUAAGAGGGAGUAA